AUGUGCCUUCUAAAACUUACUGACCUGAACCCAGUUCCAUACUGUGGAGUAUGGAACUCCUGCUCUCUAUGGAGUAACUUACUGAACAACAGCAAAGCAAAACUGCCAAGUCAAGGUUUUUCUUCAUACAAGGUUGAGGUGGUGAUCCUAGACAAGAAUGACUCCCCGCCAGAGUUCAAGAACAUACCACCAAGCUACAUGGUUUCUGAGGACCUCGCACCAGGCCAACUUAUAGCUACCAUCACCGCUGAAGACCCAGACACUAUAGGGACAUUGACCUAUAGCAUACAGAACGAUGAGCCCACUCCAUUCACUCUGGAUUCACAAACGGGUGAAUUGACUCUCAGUGAUCCCUUAGAUAGGGAAACCACAGCCGCAUAUCAGGUCACAGUAAGAGCCGACGAUGGUAUGCAAUACACGGAUGUUACGAUAAUCGUGCAGGUAACGGACACGAAUGAUAAUCCACCAGUUUUCAAGGAAAGUGCGUACUCCUUCGACAUUCCCGAGAACGCCGCCAGGGGUUCCGUUGUUGGGACUGUGGCCGCUAUAGACUUGGACUCGGGUCCCAACGCUCAGCUGACGUACACCGUCAUCUCGGAUUGGGCGAAUGACGUGUUUUCACUGAACCCACAAACCGGCAUCUUCACACUAACGGCCAGGCUAGACUACGAAGAGGCUCACGACAACGGCCGGCCCUCAUUGUCAGGCACGGUCACCGUGUAUGUGAACGUUAUAGAUCUGAACGACAACGCUCCCAUCUUUGAUCCCAUGAGUUUCUCUAACGAGAUUCCGGAGGACAUCGCUAUCGGUUCUUCAGUAGUGACAAUACAACUUAAGGACGUAAAUGAUAUGGCUCCAGAGUUCGUUUCACCAAAUGUCACUUCUGUAUCAGAAAAUAUUCCAUUAAACACAGUCGUGAUGACAAUUAAAGCUAUUGACAAAGACGAAGGGCGUAAUGGAUAUGUUGAAUACUUUAUGAGUCCAGAUCCAGAAAUAAAUGGAUACUUUUCAUUGGGAAAUGUUGAUGGGAUUUUACGAGCUACUGGAAAGUUAGAUAGAGAAUUGAGAUCGAGCUAUACAAUAACAGUCACUGCCAAAGACAGAGGUGACCCACCAAAUAUAACGAGAACCAAAAUUUUUAUAAAUAUUCUUGAUGAAAAUGAUAACAGUCCAGUAUUUGAUCCGAAGCAGUACAGUGCUUCUGUCCCAGAAAAUGCUAGUAUUGGUGCAAGCGUUUUACAGGUAUCAGCAACAGAUAUAGACGAAGAUAUUAACGGUCGCGUGAGAUAUGCGAUAGCUUCAGGAGAUGAAAAUAGAGACUUUGGUAUAAGUGAAGAUACAGGAAUCGUGAGAGUGGCCAAAAAUUUAAAUUUUGAACGAAAAUCACGUUAUAUCCUAACUAUCAGGGCUGAAGAUAGUGCCAAAGAUGAUGUUAAAUUUGAUACAGCUGAAAUUUCAAUUUCAAUUCAAGAUAUAAAUGACAACCCACCCACGUUCCUUGAUUCACCAUACUUAGCAUACGUAAUGGAAAAUGUGAUCCCUCCCAAUAGCGGCUACAUAAUAACAGUUCAUGCUUAUGAUGCAGAUUCGCCUCCAUUUAAUAAUCAAGUACGCUAUUUCAUAAAAGAAGGCGAUGCCGACUUGUUUAAAAUUAAUGCUUCCUCUGGUCAAAUUUCCUUACUACGCACAUUGGACAGAGAAGCCCAAGAUGAAUAUACACUUUCAGUAGUUGCAAUGGAUACAGGUUCACCACCUCUUACGGGUUCCGGAACAGUUAAAAUAGUGGUUCAAGAUGUUAACGAUAACAGCCCAGAGUUCGAAAGACAAAGUUACAAAGCUACCUUAAAAGAGAAUUUACCUCAAGAUACACCAGAAGGUGUAUUGGUGACAAGAUUAUCAGCAACAUCUCCGAAGAAAGGGCCUGUUGGGUUAUUACAAUAUGCUGUUGCGGGUGGAAAUAUAGGCGAUGCUUUACGUGUAGAACCAAUCAGCGGUGAAGUGUUUAUUACUGGGAAGGGUUUAGACUAUGAAACUAUGCCCCUUUAUGAAGUAUGGUUUGAAGUUAGAGAUUCUGAUAGUCCGCCAUUGAAAUCAUUUAUUGAAGUUGAAAUUAAAGUUACAGAUGCUAACGAUAACGCACCAAUCAUAGUGAAUCCUUUGUAUAAUGCAACUGUUAUGGAGGAAGAAUCUCCACCUCAAUUAGUGAUUAAAAUAGAUGCUCAUGAUGAAGAUUCAAACGAAAACGGAAGGAUUUCAUACAAACUCGUAAAUGACUAUGAAGAAACAUUUAGAAUAGACCCAGAUACAGGAGAAAUAUUUACUAACAUUGCAUUAGAUAGAGAAUCCAUACCAUUUUAUGAAAUACCUGUAGAAGCCACUGACCAUGGAGCGCCGCAAUUAACGGGCUCAAGUGUAGUAAUUGUUACGGUUUUAGACAAAAAUGAUAAUCCACCCAGAUUUACUAGAUUAUUUAGCGUCAAUGUAACAGAAAAUUCAGAUAUAGGCUCAUUUGUGAUAAGAGUUACAAGUUCAGAUUUGGAUAUUGGUCCAAAUGCAAAUGCUACAUAUAGUUUUGUCGAAAAUCCAGGCGAAAAAUUUGUUAUUGAUACAAUCAGCGGUAAUGUGACAGUUGCCCGUCCUUUGGAUCGAGAACUUCAAGAUGAAUACAUUUUAAAAGUUGCAGCCAUUGAUGGUGCUUGGCGUUCAGAAACUCCACUGACAAUAACAAUCCAGGACCAAAACGAUAAUGCGCCCGAAUUCGAAUACUCUUACUACAGUUUUAAUUUUCCAGAACUACAACAAAAGAAUAGCUUUGUUGGACAAGUUAUAGCUACUGAUAGAGACAAGCAAGGACCUAAUUCCAUAAUAUCUUACUCCUUGCAACAGACCUCCGAUUUAUUUUCUAUUGAUCCUGCGACAGGGGAAAUAUUGUCAAAGUUUGUUAUGAAUUAUAAACGAACUUCAAUUAAUCAAUCUCCUGAAAAUACUUACUCUGUGGUUGUGGUUGCAACUGAUAAUGGAAAACCUCCGAUGUCUUCAGAGUGUCUAGUUACUAUUAACGUGGUCGAUGCCAACAACAAUGCACCUAAAUUUAAAAGUCAUGAAAAAUUUGUUCCUGUCCCAAAAGAAGCAAAAAUAGGCGAAAAAAUUAUUAAAGUGAUUGCUGAGGAUGAAUUGGAUUUUGGUAUUAAUGCUGAAAUUGAAUAUCAUGUAACUGGUGGAAAUGGAACUGCUUUUCUUACAAUUGGCAGAACCGAUGGCUGGAUAAAAGUAAGCAAAAAGUUUUAUUACUUAGGCCAGUAUUACGAAUUAAAAGUUAAAGCUGUGGACCGUGGCGUUCCUCCGCAAUCAGAUGAAACAAAAUUAACAUUUGUAGUUACGGAUGAAAAUGUUUAUAGUCCUAAAUUCACUGCAUUGAGUUAUCAAGUUAUUGUCCCCGAGAAUGAACCAAUAGGAUCACCUAUAUUAACAGUUAAAGCAAGUGACGAAGACGAAGGUCCUAAUGGUAUUAUAAGGUAUUCGAUCUCACCUGGAAAUGCUGGAAAAGAAUUUCAUAUACAUCCCAUAUCCGGAGUUAUAAGUAUUUUAAGGUCUUUAGACUACGACACCAUUCAAGAAUAUAGACUAAACAUUACUGCUAAGGAUCUAGGAUUCAAAUCCAAAGAAACGACCGCUACAUUAACGAUUAUACUGACUGAUAUAAAUGAUAACGCCCCCAUAUUUAAUCAAACGCAAUACAUUGCUUACUUGCCAGAAAAUUCACCUGUUAAUAGUUUUAUAUACAAAGUUAAAGCAGUUGAUAUAGAUUCGCCCAAAAAUGCAAUUAUUAAGUAUUACAUUCAAAAUGAAAUGUCCUCAUUAUUUCACAUCGAUGUUGACUCGGGAGAAAUAUUUUCUAAAGAUAUAUUUGAUUUCGAAGAAAAAUCCAUGUACAAAUUGCAAAUAUUAGCAAAAAAUCCUGAUUCGACUAUGCAAAAUACAACUGAGGUAAUUGUAUAUAUAACAGGCGUAAAUGAAUACUAUCCAAAAUUUAUACAGCCAGUAUUUCAUUUUGAUGUGUCAGAAUCUGCCGAAGUUGGUACAAACGUUGGCGAUAUUCAAGCUACAGAUCAAGACAGUGGGGAUGAUGGAAUAAUUUACUACUUGUUUGUGGGAUCAAGUAACGAUAAAGGUUUCAGUAUAAAUUCUCAGACGGGUGUGAUAAGAGUUGCUAGAUAUUUAGAUAGAGAAACACAAAACAGGGUAGUUUUAACAGUUCUAGCAAAGAACUCCGGCGGUAUUCAUGGUAACGAUACAGAUGAAGCACAAGUUAUUAUAUCUAUUCAAGAUGGAAAUGAUCCACCCGAGUUUUUACGACAUUUAUAUGAGGCUACUAUUUCUGAAGGUGCCAGAAUAGGUCAAGAAGUUAUUCAGGUAAAAGCCGUAGACAAAGACGUAAGACCACAAAACAACCAAUUCAGUUAUUCUAUCAUUGGUGGAAAUAUCAACCAAGAAUUUAAAAUAGACCCACAAUCUGGUGAAAUUGAAGUCUCUCGGUACCUUGAUAGGGAAACUAUCCCCAUGUACUCACUUAUUGUGGGUGCAAUAGACACUGGAAUUCCUCCUCAAACUGGUACAACAACUGUUAAAAUCACACUAACAGAUAUUAAUGACAAUGGACCUUUAUUUGAUAAUGCUAGUUUUGAAGGUGCUGUUUAUGAAAAUGAGCCUCCUAAUACAAGUAUAACCACAUUGACUGCUAAAGACCCAGAUCUACCUCCAAAUGGAGCACCAUUUUCUUAUUUCAUAGUAGGCGGAAAGCACCAAAAUUAUGUCAAAGUCAACCGCCAUACAGGUAUUCUUCUAACAACUAAAAAAAUUGAUCGAGAAGUAACUCCUAAUUUAGAAAUAAUUGUUCAAAUCGAAGAUAGCGGUAAUCCAGUUAUGAAGUCUAAUUACACAUUAAUGAUCAAAGUAUUAGAUAGAAAUGACAACCCACCAACUCCUAGAUCUGCUCAUAUACUUGUAUAUGCUUUCAAUAAUAAAGUAACUAACGGAAAAAUUGCAAAUGUUAAACCAAAUGAUGCAGAUAUUGUUGGAGAUUAUAGAUGCAAAAUUAUUAAAGAGUCUACUUCUGAAAGCACUCUUUCAAUGUUAAGUAUAAAAAAUGGAUGCGAUCUUUACACAACAGCAGUAAAACCAGGACAAGGAUAUACGUUCUCCGUCUUAGGAAACGAUGGAAUACAUAGAGAUGUCAUCUCAUCCUUAAGUAUAGAAUAUUUCUCUUUUGAUAACAACGGUGGUCCUGCUAUGCUUAAUGCUCCUAAUUUGAUUGCUGGUACCAAUGAUAGUUUGAUGGGUCGAAAUCUUCACAGCAAUGAAACUAGUUUGAAUAGCUACAUGUCAGAUAAUGCUGACAUAAUGCGAAAUGUAGGACACAUCGUGGGGCCAGAACUUUUAUCAAAAAAAUAUAAAGACCGCGAAAUAAUGAAUAUAGAUCCACCGAGACCUCAACGCCCAGAUAUAAUAGAAAGAGAAGUCGUUGGUAAAAGUCCAGCGCUUCGGGAAGAUCACCAUCCACCUCCCCCUCCAUCCACUAACACAUCGCACCAUACGCAUGACCAUCCUAGUGGUAUAGAUUUAAAUUCUGAAGUUCCAGAACAUUACGAUCUUGAAAACGCAAGUUCAAUAGCACCAUCUGAUAUUGAUAUCGUAUACCAUUAUAAAGGGUUUAGAGAAGCUGCAGGUGUGCGUAAAUAUAAAGCUACACCACCGCCUAUAGCUGGUUACCAUCAUAAACAUCAAACUCCACAACACAGACAUUCGCCGCACCAUACCAGCGGGUAUCCUUCGAGAGUUUUACCGCAAGCAUCACAACCACUAGCCCAACCAAGACAACAUCAAACUACUCCUCUAGCUCGUCUUUCACCAAGUAGCGAAUUAAGUCAGCAGCCAAGAAUUUUGACAUUGCAUGACAUAUCGGGCAAGCCCCUUCAAAGUGCCCUAUUAGCUACUACUUCCAGCUCAGGUGGAGUUGGAAAGGAUGCAUUGCAUAGUAAUAGUGAAAGAAGCUUAAAUAGUCCCGUAAUGUCACAACUCAGUGGACAGAGUUCAUCAGCAGGAAGAAAAACACCGAGCGUUCCGCCGCAAGUUCCACAAGUAGUAUCUGUCGGAUCAGGCGCCGUAGGGCUUACAUCUGAAGAAAUAGAACGAAUGAACGCUCGACAACGUACAUCUAGCUUAGUAUCCACUUUAGACGCAGUAUCUAGCUCAAGCGAAGCCCCAAGAGGUGGAGGCGUUGGUCAUCAUAUGUCCCACAGACACCAUUCACCACAAGACGAUAACAGAAGUUCUAGUGGAUCGGAUGAUGAAAGCGGUAAUGAUAGUUUUACGUGUUCAGAAAUAGAAUAUGAUAACAAUAGUAUUAGUGCUGAUAAACCGGAAGAUGGUCGAAGGCAAAAUUUAAGUAGUAAUAGUAAUUCUAAGAAACCAAUUGUGCCUCCUCCUUAUGAGAGCUUUGAGUCUUCAUUUCGUGGCUCUCUCAGCACUCUAGUCGCUUCUGAUGAUGACCUCGCUCCACACGUGGGUUCGGCUCUUUAUAGACAAGCAAACGGAUCACCAGCUUCAGCCACUCUUGGUUGGGACUAUCUGGCGAAUUGGGGUCCAAAUUUCGAAAGUAUGAUAGGAGUUUUCAAGGAUAUUGCUGAACUACCCGAUUCAGUGAAUGGACGAAUAUCUUCCACAUUAAGACUGCCAAAUGGUACGCCGAAACCCUCGGAAGAGUAUGUUUAG